AACUUAUUGGUUUGGGGGACCACUGGCUUUCAUUACAUAGGACUAGGAGGGACCUUGAUUGGGAUCGAAACCUAACUUACUGUCCCUUUUUUUUAUCGUUCAAUCUUUAUUGCUGCGUACAGGUCCACUAAUGCCUGAGCUUGGUGCCGUUUUCUUUGACAUAAGAGUUAAUUCAUUGAGUAAAGUUGUAAGCUUUAUAGUCUUUGGUUUUGAGGAAGUUAGUUAGGAACCUUCUCCAAGUACAAAGGAGGAAUGGGUAGGGAAGGGUUUGCAAUUACAAUGUGUACAUCGUGUUUCUUGACAAGUUACUCUAUGGAAAUUUGAUUUGAGGAGUGUAGGACCAAUUCAAUAAAUGCCACUUAGUUUUUGUGUGAUGGAGAGCAGGAGAAGAAAAGUAAUACCCUUCCUCUCUUGCCCUUUUUGCUGGUCUGGGUGAAACAUAGAAAAGUUUCUCUUGCUGAAGUUAAUGAUAAAAGGGAUUUGUUCCUCUGGCUCUGGUGGUAGGUCUAUCAAAUCAACCCAUAUCUUGAAUGAACUGCAACAUGGUUUCUUCGUUCCCGUGGGACUGGGAGAGUUUGAUCAUGUCCAAUCCGUCAAGGGCUGUAAAUGACAGCAAGCAGCUAUCUACUGAGUGGGAAAUUGAAAAAGGUGACGGAAUUGAAUCUAUAGUUCCACAUUUCUCAGGCCUUGAGAGAGUCAGUAGUGGCUCUGCCACCAGUUUCUGGCGCACUGCUGUAUCAAAAAGCUCACAGUCGACCUCUAUCCAUUCAUCAUCUCCCGAAGUCAAACGAUGCAAGCUUGCAUCAGAAAGUUCUCCUGGAGAUUCUUGCAGCAACGUAGAUUUUGUCCAGUUUAAGGCAUCCACAGCUCCCGAGGUAUCCGUUGCCUCAGCUGAAUCAGAUCUUUGUUUAAAACUAGGAAAGCGGAAAUACUCUGAAGAUUAUUGGGGUAGAAACAAUAAUGACAUUUCAGCAGUUUCUAUGAAGUUGUUGACUCCAUCUGUUGUUACUCGGAAAAAUUCCAAAUGUGGUCAGAGCAUGCUAGUCCCGCGUUGCCAAAUUGAUGGUUGUGAACUGGAUCUCUCAUCUGCUAAGGGUUAUCAUCGUAAGCAUAGAGUCUGCGAAAAGCAUUCAAAGUGCCCAAAAGUUAGCGUGAGUGGCCUGGAACGUCGAUUCUGCCAACAGUGUAGCAGGUUCCAUGACGUCUCUGAAUUUGAUGAUAAGAAACGAAGCUGUCGAAAACGUCUUUCUCAUCAUAAUGCGAGGCGUCGUAAGCCACAAGGAGUAUUUCCAAUGAAUCCAGAGAGGCUGUAUGAUCGAAGACAGCAUACAAAUAUGUUGUGGAAUGAGUUGUCCCUUAACACGGGAUCAGAAGAAUUGUAUGAAUGGGGUACCACUUAUGAUACAAAGCCUACACAGACAGAAAAAGGCUUUACUCUGAGCUUCCAGAGAGGUAAUGGCUCUGAGGACCAGUUGGUUGCUAGUAACAGCCGUAUGUUCUCUACAGUUCAAACCUCAGGCGGGUUCCCAGCAGGGAAGUCCAAGUUUCAACUUCAUGGCGAAGGUGUGGGAGAAUACUCAGGAGUCCUCCAUGAAUCUCAAGAUUUCCACCGUGCUCUCUCUCUUCUGUCAACCUCUUCGGAUCGCCUGGCCCAACCACAUGCGCAGUCAUUCUCUCCACUCUGUUCAUAUGAUGUUGUACCAAAAUAGAUAAGUAAUGUGUAAUUUGUAAAACUGUUACUCAGUUGGUGGAUACUUUCCAAACUUUUUUAAAACCCCAUCCUGGAUCCCGUUGAAUCGGCUACUAUGUUAUCAUUAUACUUGUUUAGCAUCCUAGUACCAAGUCAUUGUCAACAAAACUCUAAACAGUAAAUAUAUCUAUAUAUAUACCUACUUUCAAAGUA